AUGUCCGAGUCAUUCUCGCUGGCAAAGCGCAACCUCGGCGAACAAUUCUCCACAUACUUCAACUUCCCAGCCGAGAAGGUGAUUCUCGACUCCGCGGAGAGCACCGUCAGAAUGAACGUCUCCGAAAAUCAUUUCGACAUGCUCGCAUGCGACUUCUGUAAGAAGAGGCGGAUACAGGUGGGAGUGCUGACAUGCCAACAUCGUAUGUGCGCGGACUGUUACCCUCAUUACCGCAGUAGACUCGAUAGAUGUUCCAUCUGCAUCCUGAUGGCCGCCGAAGUGAAGCGGGAGGCUAUGAAAAUCGUACCUGAAACCAUUCAAUUAGACCUUUUGGAUGAGUCACAGAAGAAACAGAGUAUCUUCUGCUCCAACCGUCUUUGCCCUUUGAUUCGUACCCCAAAAGAAUCUAUGGACAGGCACUGGGAAGUUUGCGGCCUUGUGGAACGCAGACUCACUCGGCCGAGUCCGACUUCGGCAUCGCACAGUGUCGCGGAAUUCGAGGAUAUCGCCCCACCGUCAGAAGAGAUUCGCCAUGCGAUCGCUUCAAUUAUGGAAAAUUCGCAUAAGAAGCAAGACGGACUUGGAUCCCGUAACUUGGAGCAUUCGUGCCCCACAUCGGACUAUAGCUCAAAACCCUCAGACUCGGAUAAACCCUCCUUACCACCGAAAUUUAGCGUGGAGAUCUCCGAAUAUGUGGAUCUGAGCCAUGACAUCGAUGUGAGGAACGGCGAUGCUCCGCAUGGCACAACCCCGCAGACAGUGACUUCCGCGGACGACUCGUCCAGUCCUAUCGGAGCGCAAGGCUGGGAUUUCUGCGGAGACAGCACCGACCGCAGGAACCCGUCGAAGCGCGCUGUUAACGAAUCAAAACAAGAUCCAAAACCGAACCCCGACCAACCUCGCAACGGAAGCGUACAGGCAGGAAGCGAGCAGUCACGGGGAGGGGUCGCAUCUCCGGAAGAAAGCUACGGAGCCGCACUACGACUCGAGCUCGCGUGUUUGUAUUCGCGAGUGGUCCGAUUUUCUAACAGAGCUGUGAUGAAUAUUACGUGGUACAAUGCUUCCGUCGUUUUGGUCUGGUUGAUCGCCGUGACGUAUUCCCUGAGUUUCGAGAGAAAUGAGGUACCACUUGUCCAGGCGACUCCUAACUAUGUGACCUGGGAAAUGAACAGGCUUUCGGAUCUCAUGGCAAGAGCUCAGUUCAACAAGAGAGACAUGCAGCUCUCAGAAGCUUUCGACGUGGGGGAUUAUAAGGCACGAUUGGGAGUCGGAUCAACAUUUUCUGUGGCGGAUAGUGUCGCAGUCAUUUGGGUCACUGCCGUAAUAAUCAAAAGCAAUGACCUACCAUGGCCGCCGAACGAACGGAUGCAACUUCGUCUCGAGAACAAGAACCCGGACCUGGCGCAAACUUACGACUUCACCCCCCAGCAACGCGGCAAUUGGAGAGAGAAUAUGCGGGUUCAGAGGGGCCAACUGAUUUAUCGCCAGCUGCAAGUGGACACCACAGAUCGCCUAAAGUAUUUGAGGUUUUCGUACUACAUGACCUACGACGACGGUGCAACGAAGGGCUACAUCGAGGAUGACACAAUCGUCGUGGGUUUGAAAAUCGUCAAGGAUAAAUUGCUCCAAGUCUAGCUUGUGGAUCCUCUUGUCAGGGAGUCGAUCUCCUCGUGAGAAUAAUCGGUGCGAGAGACAGUGGCCGAGAAGGAGGCAGAGAGCUCUACUGAAUACGAUUGCGAUACUCGGUAAACGUCGCCGAUGGAAAGAGACGUAUCUAUCUAUGCCUUCCUAUAAGAUUGACGUGUCGUUUCCACACCUCAUUCGAAUUCAGCGCUUCAUGAUCUACUUGUCGGAACGAUACCUCGAUCGCAGACUAUAUUUCUCCGAGGAGGAGGCUUCCUCAAAUCGUCUCAGCACACUGAGGCAUAUGGAGGCGCCAGGGAUCCGCCUCCAAAAUCCCAACGUGCGAACCCAGGGUUCACUCAUGCGAAAGCACACGAGUUCCUCCCGCGCGGACUCCCGGUAGUUGAAUCGACAAUCGCGAGCGAGCGGGAACACCAUCUUGUUUGGUUUCUUAUUCAAAUCCUGGUUUUGAAUCUUGUGAUCAAGCUCCACUUUUUACUCCAACAGAAGACAGGUGGAAAUACUGCAGCCCACGUGUUCGUCUACUACUAGUGACAUGUUUACAAUCAAAUCAUGUGUAUCAUGAAUGAUCAAAAGCACCGUGUUCCACGCACUAUCUUAGCAGAUAGCUUCACAAUGAUGAUGACAGGCGAGAAUCACGCUCUUUCGUUAAAGAUUUACCCUACCUGCUCCCUCUACAUUGUAGCCAAACAUUUCACAGGCUGAUGAAAAAAAUAA